AUGCCCAGGCUGCUGUUGCUCUUCCAGGAUGCCAUGAUGUGCCUGUCCGGAAGUCAGGUCAAUGAAAUAUCUGCUAUGCUGGGAAAGGACUUUACAGUGACUCCCUCCAAGCUUCUUCAGUUUGAUCCAGGAAUGUCAACCAAGACGUGGAAUAUAGCAAUUACCUAUGACGGAUUAGAGGAAGAUGAUGAAGUCUUUGAAGUAGUUCUGAACUCCCCUGUGAAUGCUGUUCUUGGCACUCGGACAAAAGCUGUAGUGAAAAUUUUGGACUCAAAAGGAGGUCAGUGCAGCUAUUCCCAUUCUUCUGGCCAAAGCAAGCACGACUUCUGGGGGAGAGGCAUGCUGUUUCCAGUUUCCUCAGGCUCCUCAUCACCUUCCAGGCCUGGCAAUACUCCCUUGGAAGGGAUCCCACCGCAUCCUUCCAAAGGGAUGAGAGAGCACGGAGGGGACUCACGGCAGGAGCACAGCUUGGCGAAUCGGUCAAGAACCAGGCUGAGAGUGACUGGAAAUGGCAGAAUAGUUCAUCCUUCAUCUGUAUUUAGAAAUGGAACUGAUGUGGUUUUCAAAUAUCACGGGAUGGUAUCACUCAAAGUAGAGAAUGACACCUCAUCAGCUAAAGCAAACAAGAAGGCUGAAGUGUCAGUAACUAGCCAAGCACAACCACAGAUAAAUGUCGUCUCCUCUAGGAAGACAGAAAUCCCACAAGCUGAUAAGGCAGAACUAGCAUCUGAACCAAGCUCAAGACAUCAGCCUAACCCUUCCCACUCCAAAGCUGAGUUUAACCAAUACACAGAUAAAUUAACCAGACUUUUACUCUUUCCAAAGGCCUGUACACCAGAUUUAAAGGGGCUCUUACAUUAUGAAGAAAGCACUCAAAAGUUAUUUCAGUGUGAUGGGAUGAUAUGGAAAUUCUGGAAUUCCCAAAGCAAGGAGGUAAGCACGAAGAAAUGUCCCUCCGGAUGGAGUCAUCACGAGGGCAGCUGCUACUUCCUGGUAGUGAAUCACAAGGUCACCUGGAACGGUGCUGCUCGGGCUUGCAGAGAACAAUACCUGGGGAGUCUGGCAAGUGCGGCUAAUGAACAACACAUGCAGUGGCUGUGGGACUUCAGUGGGAGGAAGCCCUUUUGGAUAGGCUUGAAUGACCAAGUCAAUCCUGGACAUUGGGAGUGGAAUGGAGGAGAACCUGUAACCUACAUGAAUUGGAGAAGAGGCUCCUACCACUUUCCAAAGAGAGGAAGAAAUUGCGUAUUGGUGCAGAAGCGAGGAAAAUGGCAAGCAACUGACUGCAGGAAGGCCAAAUGGAACAGCUAUAUAUGUUCACGAAAGCUGUAA